UCUUCUCUUCUCUCUUGCAACGACCACGUGUCGGCAGAGUCGCUUUCAAGAAAAUGGCUCCUAAGAAGACAGCCCCAAAACCCGCGGCCGCGGGCUCCAGCAAGGCCGAAGAGAAAAAGAAACCGGCCGCUCCUAAGGAGAAGGCGACCAAGGAAGGAAAGGUCGAAAAGAAAACAGCAAAACCCGCCGCGAAACCGGCGGCCAAGCCCGCCAAGCCGGUGGUCAAAAAGGUCGACAAGGCAAAGAAAGAUGCUGCCAAGACCAAGUCCAAAUCGGCCACCAAGAAGGCCGCUAUCACCAAGGCUAAGAAAGUGCAGACCAAGGUGAUCAAGGGCGCAUUUGGCACGAGAGUGAGGAAAAUCAGGACCUCCGUCAAAUUCCACCGGCCGCACACAUUCCGGCCUCCGCGCAAUCCCAAAUAUCCUAGGAAAUCGGUGCCUAGGAGAGACAGAAUGGAUGCCUUCAAUGUCAUCAAGUACCCCCUGACCACUGAAGCUGCAAUGAAGAAGAUUGAGGACUCGAAUACUUUGGUGUUCUUGGUACACACGAAGGCAAACAAGCACCACAUCAAGAGUGCGGUCAAGAAGUUGUACAAGAUCAACGUUGCCAAGGUCAAUACCCUGAUCAGGCCGGACGGCAAGAAGAAGGCCUACGUCAAACUGGCGCGUGACUACGACGCCCUUGACGAGGCCAACAAGAUCGGCAUCAUCUAAAUUCUGAUUUGUCCCCUUCUGCUAAAUAUAAACCCUUCUUUCACAAAAUAACAAUUUAAUUUUGUGCUUUCCAAAGUUGAAUUCUUUUUUUUAUUAUAAUUUUGGCUUAACAAAUACAAUGUUUCGGCAUCUUUUAAUUUCAAGGAGUUUAUCAAGUUUAUAAUAUUGAAACAAUAUGCUUAUUCAUUUAAAAAGGUUUUAUUACAAAGUGAAAAA